AACUCCAUCUGCUCCUCCUUUGUGUAACCUCCCUGAUGCAGAAUCCUGGACACACAGAGCAGAAUUUGAAGAAGCUGAACUCAACCGCACGACCUGAGAACAUCAUGUCAUCCAGUCUGCCCCCCGGGAUGACCACCACAGGGGUCAAAAACAAGCCCCUCUCCCCCUUUAAGAAGCGCGGGAGUCUGCAGUACACCACUAGUACAGCAGUGGAUCCUCGUGGUAAGCGGCACCUGCUCACUCCACAGCACUCCUUACCCGGGAUCCCAGUGGCUCUGAAACAGACCAUUGACCUGCGCACAUCCAUGGACGGGAAAUACAAGGAGAUUGCAGAGGAGUUAUUCUCCCGCAGUCUGGCUGAGAGUGAGAUGAGAAGUGCCCCGUACGAGUUUCCGGAGGACAGUCCCAUCGAAAAACUGGAGGAGAGACGACACCGCCUUGAGCGCCAGAUCAGCCAAGAUGUCAAGUUCGAGCCUGACAUCCUCCUCCGCGCUAAACAGGAGUUCAUGAAGACUGACAGUGCCACUGAUCUGGAAUACAUGAAGGAGCAGAGCCAGGCGCCUGACUUUCAGGAGAGAGAGCUGGUCCCAGAGAGAGAGUAUCAGAGAGUCACUAUUUCUGGAGAGGAGAAAUGUGGGGUUCCUUUCAUAGACCUUCUGGAUGCAGCCAAGUGUGUGGUGAAGGCUCUGUUCAUCAGACAGAAGUAUAUGGGUCUGUCUCUGCAGAGCUUUUAUCGGACGACCGCUCGGUUCCUUCAGGAGCUCAGUGAGAGACCUCUGGAUCUGGAGUUGUACGAAGAGGAGAUACCUGAAACCACAAGCACUGCUGAUGCCACUGUGCACCCACCUGCCUCCAAAACACACCCCUAUGAGAACCAGGACCCCUCCAGCACACCCCCAGACGUUGGCUAUGGGUGCAAAAUGGUGAACGGCGUCAUGCACGUGUACACCAGCAGGGGCACCAUGGACAAGAGCACUGAGUUGGACCUGCCUUAUCCAGACCUGCAGGAGUACAUCGCUGAUAUGAAUGUGAUGAUGGCUCUAAUCAUCAAUGGACCAGUAAAAUCCUUCUGCUACCGCCGCCUACAGUACCUGAGCUCCAAGUUUCAGAUGCACAUCCUGUUAAACGAGAUGAAAGAACUGGCAGCGCAAAAGAAAGUCCCCCAUAGAGACUUUUACAAUAUCCGUAAGGUCGACACACACAUCCACGCGUCUUCCUGUAUGAAUCAAAAGCACCUAUUACGCUUCAUCAAAAGGGCUAUGAAGAAAAACCUCAAGGAGAUCGUUCACAUGGACCGUGGGAAGGGCCAGACACUGAUGGAGGUUUUCGAGAGCAUGAACCUCACAGCCUUCGACCUCAGCGUGGACACUCUGGACAUGCACGCCGACAGGAACACUUUUCAUCGCUUUGACAAGUUCAAUUCCAAGUACAACCCGAUCGGAGAGUCCAUCCUGAGGGAGAUCUUCAUUAAGACUGAUAACUACAUAGAGGGCAAAUACUUCGGUCACAUCAUUAAGGAAGUGAUGGCUGAUCUGGAAGAGAGUAAAUACCAAAACGUGGAGUUGCGACUUUCCAUUUAUGGUCGCUCCAGAAACGAGUGGGACAAACUGGCCAAGUGGGCAGUAAAACAUCAGGUGUACUCAGAUAACGUCCGCUGGCUUGUUCAAGUUCCAAGAUUAUUUGACGUCUACCACACAAAGAAACAGCUGUCUAACUUCCAGGAAAUGUUAGAAAACAUCUUUAUGCCUUUGUUCGAGGUCACAGUGGACCCCAGCAGCCACCCGGAGCUGCACCUCUUCCUGCAGCAUGUUGUCGGCUUUGACAGUGUUGAUGAUGAGUCCAAACCAGAGCAACAUAUCUUCAAUUCAGACAGUCCUCUCCCUGAAAACUGGACAGAGGAGGACAACCCGCCCUACUCCUACUACCUCUACUAUAUGUAUGCAAAUAUGACUGUGCUCAACCACCUGCGCAAGCAGCGGGGCUUCCACACUCUGGUGCUGCGGCCUCAUUGUGGCGAGGCAGGGCCCAUCCAUCACCUGGUCUCUGGGUUCAUGCUCUCUGAGAAUAUCUCACACGGACUACUGCUCAGAAAGGCUCCUGUACUGCAGUAUCUGUACUACUUGGCCCAGAUAGGCAUUGCCAUGUCCCCCCUCAGCAAUAACAGCCUGUUCCUUAGUUACCACCGUAACCCCCUCCCCGAGUACCUGUCCCGUGGCCUCAUGGUGUCCCUGUCUACUGACGACCCACUGCAGUUUCACUUCACCAAGGAGCCCCUAAUGGAGGAGUAUAGCAUUGCAGCUCAAGUGUGGAAGUUGAGCUCUUGUGACAUGUGUGAACUGGCCAGAAACAGUGUCCUGAUGAGUGGAUUCUCACAUCAGGUCAAAAGUUACUGGCUCGGUCCAAACUAUAUCAAGGAGGGACAGGAGAGCAAUGACAUCAGACGCACCAAUGUCCCAGACAUCCGUGUGGCCUAUCGCUAUGAGACCAUGUGUGAGGAGCUUAACCUUAUAACUCAAGCCAUUCGCACUGAUGCACUAGAAACCAUAGAAGAAGAGGGCAGUUUGUGUAUGGGAGCUGUGCCGGUACAGAAAUGAAGCAACAACAAAAAUUAACUGGCAUUACUUGUUUACUUCUCACCGCUGUGUACAGAUUUACGUAUCAACCAAUGACACCUGUGGAGCGAGAAAACUUUUUAUAAAGAGACUUAGAGAGAAUAUAUGAGAUAGGAUCUAUAUGGACUAAAGUAUUAACUUUAUUUAUUAUUUUAUCAUAUUUUUAUUUUCCAUGGCCAAGCACUGUCAACAAUUGUGUAUAAUUUUGUCUCUUGUAGCAACCGUUGAAUAACACAACAAUUGAUAUGCACCGACCCAAAAAUGGGAACAAUUUAAAAAUUAACACAUAUUACUAUAUUUUAAAUGCAUCCCAUUUACUUUACUAUACAUAUUUGAAUAAGUAAGUGGCAUUUCUUGCAUUUUUUUUACUACAAUAUGCUGCUAAGACCACUAUUUAAUAAAAAUGAUAUUAAUACUUUGAGUACUACUAUCACCAUUGGAAUACCUUAGAACUUGCUGCUAGUAUCAUGAAUGUACAGAUGACGCAUUUUGCCUCAGAUUGGAUUACAGAGAAACUUGUGUUACUGUUAAUAAUAUGACUCACUUAUUUUUUCACUGACUUCUCCUUUAAAUAUUUUAUCCACCCUAUAAAAUGGGAAACGUUGGAAAUAAGGAAACCACGAAGAAGACAGAAAGCUGAAUACAUAAAAAUCAACCAAACUACUGUUUUAUCCAAAGGACAUAUCUCAUGAUUCUCUUAAUCAAAAACUACAGUUUUUACUAUUCCUACAUAUUUUUCACCACUGCUCCAAAUAAACUAUUGCUGUUUUUCAGUAUUUUUGCAUGACUGCAGCAUGCCUUUUCUGUCUGGUCUGGUGUAGAGUAAUGCUACAAUUAUAAAGAUUCAAGUACUUUGACAAAACUUAAACUCAAAUAAGGCAUUUUGGAGUAAUAUUGGCCUACAAAGCAAACAUUGCAUGGUCCCAUUCGUUUUUUCCAGCAGUGCCAAAUUAAUGAUUUUUACAACUCCUGUCUGUUUGGUUUCUGGUGUUUUCAAUGGGGCUACAACAGUCUCUAUGUAUGUUUGUGAAAUAUUAUUUAAUGAAUGUUGU